CUUCAUGUCAUAAAUCUUUGACACAAAGUUACAGUUGCAAUCAGUUUGACCAUCUAUACUAAGAGCAGACAUGCUGUACACCAGCCACAGACAACACAUGACACUGAUGUGGAUUACAGUGAUGCUUUUUAAUAAAAUGGAUUCUGCAGUGCAAAAUGAUGUCAAUCAGCCAAAUCCACUGAUCACUACUGAUGUUGGGGGAAACGUGACUUUGCAAUGCUUUCGGCUGGAAGUAGAAAAAAGUGAACCAAUUGUUUGGUACAAGCAAAAAAUAGGACACGAGCCACGUAUAAUGGUCACAGUUGUUCAUGAGCCUAAUUACGAAGAAGAGUUCAAGUCACCAAGAUAUAGCAUCGAGAGUGUAAAAGGAAGCUGCCAUUUAAAAAUUGCUAAUGUGAAACCAUCAGACGAAGCCAUGUAUUACUGUGGUGUUGUAAAAUUUGUAAAAUCAUUUGGAAAAGGAACAUUUUUAUCCGUGAAAGGUAAACCAGAUUUAAGUGUCUCCAUGUUCCAGAGCGGCGGGUUGAACUCGGUUCCUGCAGGAGCGUCAGUGACUCUGCAGUGCUCGGUUCUCUCUGAGAGCAGAGCAGCAGAACUCCAAGUGCUCUGGUUCAGAGCUGCUUCACCACAAUCCCAUCCUCAAAUCAUUUACACUCAUCACAACAGCAGCCAUCAGUGUGAUUCUACACACACCUGUGUGUACAACUUCUCCAAGAACAUCCUCAGCCUCAAUGAUACUGGGACUUACUACUGCGCUGUGGUCGCGUGUGGGAAGAUCAUUUUUGGGAACGGGACACGAGUACAGUCAGAGAAAUCAGUGGAUCCGGCCGUGAUCUACCUCACUGUGGCUUUGGGAGUGUGUGUGGCUGUGAUCUCUGUUCAAGCCAUUUUUUUUUCCUACAAAUGGAGAAAUCAUGAGAAACAUAUAAAGAGACAAAGCAUUAAUAGAACAAUAAAUAAAACAAACACUCAGGUAUGAAAUAAUGGCUAUAAUUUAUUGUUUUUUUUAUGUAGAUUUACUUUUAUAGUUCAACUCCA